AUGUCGCAGCCGCCAGACAGCUUUGCGCUCACACAGAUCUUCCUGGGACUCAGGUCCAAGAGCGCUCAGGAACGAACAGCUGCUGUGGUGGAGUUGAGGACUCACUUGGUGACAACGGCGAGAGAGGUCACUUCGGAACAGUUCACAAGAUAUAACAACGAGAUCAACAACAAGAUUUUCGAAUUGAUCCAUGGUAGUGAUGCUUCUGAGAAAGUCGGUGGGAUCUUAGCUGUGGAUACAAUGAUUGAUUUCUUUGGUGGUGAAGAUUUACCUAAUCAAACUUCAAGAUUGGCAAAUUAUCUACGGUUCUUGAUACCAUCUUCUGAUAUAGAGAUUAUGAAGUUAGCUGCAAAGACUUUAGGGAAAUUAGCCAUACCUGGUGGUAGUUUAACUUCGGAUUUUGUUGAUCAUGAAACUAGAAAUGCAAUUGAAUUAUUACAAACCGAGAAACAAGAAAGUAAAAGACAUGCUGCUGUAUUAGUUAUAGCUGCUAUUGCUGAAAACUCACCAACUUUAUUCCAUAGUUAUGUAAAUACUAUAUUGGAAAACAUAUGGACUGCAUUAAGAGAUUCAAAAUUAGUGAUUAGAAUUGAUGCAGCAAAAGCUCUUGAAAAAUGUCUUGAUGUCAUAUAUGAACGUGAUUUAAAUUUAAGGAAAAAUUGGUUCGCUAAAUUAAUUGAAGGUGCAUCUAAUGGAUUUAAACUAAAUACAAGUGAAUCUAUUCAUGGGUCUCUUUUAGUAUUUAAAGAACUUGUUAAGAAAGGUGGUAUGUUUAUUCAAGAUAAAUAUGAUGCCAUUUUUGAAACUUCAUUUAAAUAUAGAGAACAUAAAUAUAAUAUCAUAAGACAAGAAGUUACUCAUAUAAUUCCAUUAUUAGCUGCAUAUAACCCAUCAAAGUUUGUUGAAAAAUAUUUACAUCGUACAUUAUUAUUUUAUUUAACUCAAUUGAAAGAAGAAAAUGAAAAAGCUGCUAUAUUAAUUUCAAUUGGUGAUAUUGCAUAUGAAGUUGAAGGUCAAAUAACAACAUAUCUUGAUGCAAUUUUGGAUAAUAUAAGAGAUGGUCUCACUUCAAAAUCAAGAAUACGGAGAAGUAUUGAACCUGCUAUUUUCUAUUGUGUUGGUAAAUUAGCAUAUGCAGUAGGACCUGCUUUAACAAAACAUUUACAAAGAGAUAUCUUGGAUAUGUUAUUAUCAUGUUCUUUAAGUGAUCAUAUGAGAGAAUGUUUAUUAAUUCUUACACAAAGAAUCCCACCAUUAGAAAAUAUAAUCAAUACCAAGACAUUACAUUUAUUAAGUUAUUGUCUCUCGGGAUAUCCAUUUAGUCAACCUGGUUCACCAACUUCAACAAAUAUAAUGAAUCCACAAUUAGCAAGACAAUAUAGAGAUAAUACUGGGUCCCGUAAUGGGAUUAAUGAUGAUGACUACAUUAUAAUACAAGCCAUGAAAAUGUUAAGUUUUUUCAAUUUUAAAAAUGAAUCAUUAUUUGAAUUUGUUAGAUUUUGUACAAUUACUUAUAUUGAACAUGAUAACCCUGAAGUAAGGAAAUAUGCUGCUUUGACAUCAUGUGAUUUGUUCCUAAAGGACAAUGUUUGUUUCCAAACUUCAAGUUAUUCAUUAAAUGCCGUGUCUGAAGUUUUAGAUAAAUUAUUAACUGUGGCAAUUACAGAUCCAAUUCCUGAUAUAAGAUUGGAAGUUUUAAAUUCAUUAGGUUCUAAUUUUGAUCCUCAAUUAUCUCAAGCUGAUAAUGUUCGUUUAUUAUUUAUGGCUUUAAAUGAUGAAUUCUUUGCUAUUCAAGAAGUUGCAAUUCAAAUUAUUGGAAGAUUAUCAUUUAUAAAUCCUGCAUAUAUUGUUCCAUUCCUGAGGAAAACUUUAAUUCAAUUAUUAACAAAACUAGAAUACUCAUCAGUUAGUAGGAAAAAAGAGGAAAGUGCAAUUUUAUUAUCAUUAUUAAUUACAUCUUCUAAAAAUGUUACAAAACCUUAUGUUAAACCAAUUGUUGAUGUUCUUUUACCAAAAGCUAGAGAUAAAAGUGCAUCAGUUGCUUCAAGUUCUAUAGCUGCACUUGGUGAAUUAUCUGUUGUUGGUGGUGAAGAUGUUAAGCCAUUUAUUCCAAAUCUAAUGCCUUUAAUUUUAGAAACUUUCCAAGAUCAAUCUUCAUCUUUCAAAAGAGAUGCUGCAUUGAAAACCUUAGGUCAAAUUUCAGGCUCAACUGGUUAUGUUAUUCAACCAUUGCUUGAUUAUCCACAAUUAUUAGGUAUUAUAAUAAAUAUCUUAAAAUCUGAAACUUCACCAGCUAUAAGAAGAGAAACUGUUAGACUGUUAGGUAUAUUGGGUGCUCUAGAUCCUUAUAAACAUAAGGAAGUUGAACGGAUCUCAAAACAUAUUGUUGUGGAAGGUCCACCAACUGAUGUUGCUUUAUUAAUGCAAGGUAUGAGUCCAUCAAAUGAAGAAUAUUACCCAACUGUUGUUAUAAGUACAUUAUUGAAAAUCUUGAAAGAUUCAUCAUUAGCAACGUAUCAUUCCAGUUGUAUUCAAACAAUUGUUUUAAUUUUCAAAACUAUUACAAUCACAUGUAUCAAAUUCACUGGAAGUAUAAUUGAAGCUAUUAUCAGUGUUAUGCAUGAAUGUGCUUCAUCAAUGUUGGAAUUUUAUCUCCAACAAAUGAGUGCUUUGAUAAGUAUUGUUAAACAACAUAUUAGACCUUUCUUACCACAAGUUUUUGAAGCCAUUAGAACUUUUUUCAAUCAACCUAAUUUACAAGUAACUAUAAUAUCAUUAAUUGAAUCAAUUGCAAAAGCUUUAAAUGGAGAAUUCAAAAUGCAUUUAUCAUCUGUUUUACCUUUAUUAUUAGAUGUUUUUGGUAAUGAUAAAUCAGGAAAUGUAUCCAUAAGGAUUUUAAAAGCAUUUGUUGUAUUCGGUAGUAGUAUUGAAGAAUAUGUUCCAUUAAUCAUCCCAAAUGUUGUCCAUCUAUUUGAAUUUGGUCCACAAAAUUUAAAAAAAUUUGCAAUUACCACAGUGGGAAAAUUAUCAAGAAAUGUUAGCUUGAAUGAUAUGUCUUCAAGAAUCAUACAUACAUUAUUAAGAGUUUUAGGUACUCAAAAUGAUGAAUUAAUUAAAGCUGCUAUGAAUACUAUGAGCUUAUUGUUGCUUCAAAUGGGUAAUGAAUUUACUGUUUUCAUACCUGUUGUUAAUAAAAUUUUAGUUAAGAAUAGAAUUCAAUCAUCUACAUAUGAUCAACUGGUUAAUAAAUUAUUAAAUGAUGAACCAUUACCUCAAAAUUUGAUUUUGGAUAAAGAACUUGAAAAUGGUGAUGCUUUAGAUAUAGUGGAGCUGCCUUCCAAGAAAUUACCUGUUAAUCAACAAAUUUUGAAAAACGCAUGGCAAUGUUCACAAUGUCGUACAAAGGAAGAUUGGCAAGAAUGGAGUAGGAGAUUAAGUGUUCAAUUGUUAAAAGAAUCACCAUCACAUGCCUUGAGAGCAUGUUCUUCACUUGCAAGCAGUUAUUACCCAUUAGCUAAAGAUUUAUUCAAUGCAAGUUUUGCAAGUUGUUGGAGUGAAUUAUAUACACAACAUCAAGAAGAAUUAGUUCAAUCAUUAUGUAUGGCAUUAUCUUCACCAAAUAAUCCACCAGAAAUUUAUCAAACUUUGUUAAAUUUGGCUGAAUUUAUGGAACAUGAUGAUAAACCAUUACCUAUUCAUAUUUCGACUUUAGGUCAAUAUGCACAACGUUGUCAUGCUUAUGCUAAAGCUUUACAUUAUAAAGAAUUGGAAUUUAGUCAAGAGCCAUCAACUUCAACUAUCGAAUCAUUGAUUAGUAUCAAUAAUCAACUUCAACAAUCUGAUGCAGCUAUUGGUAUUUUAAAACAUGCUCAACAACAUCAUGAUUUACAAUUGAAAGAAACUUGGUAUGAAAAGUUACAAAGAUGGGAAGAUGCAUUGAAAGCUUAUAAUGAAAGAGAAGUUGAUACAAUUGAAACAACCAUGGGUAAAAUGCGUUGUUUGCAUGCUUUAGGUGAAUGGGAUCAAUUGUCUCAAUUGGCUCAAGAAAAAUGGACAAAUUCAUCUACUGAUAUUAGAAGAACUGUUGCUCCAUUGGCCGCUGCUGCUGCUUGGGGUCUAGGUCAAUGGGAUAGAUUAGAUACUUACAUCACAGUCAUGAAACCAGAAUCUCCAGAUAAAUCAUUUUUCAAUGCUAUUUUAAGUCUUCAUAGAAACAAUUUUGAAGAAGCUUCAUCACAUAUAUUCAAAGCUAGAGAUCUGCUAGUUACUGAAAUUACAGCCCUGGUUAGUGAAAGUUAUAGUAGAGCUUAUGGUGUUGUUGUUAGAGUACAAAUGCUUGCAGAGUUGGAAGAAAUCAUCAAGUAUAAGAACAUGCCUCAACAUUCUGAAGCUCGUGGUGUCAUGAGAAAAACUUGGAAUGCUAGAUUGUUGGGUUGUCAAAGAAAUGUUGAUAUUUGGCAAAGAUUAUUAAAAGUCCGUAUGUUAGUUGUUAAACCGAAACAAGAUAUGGAAAUGUGGAUCAAAUUUGCCAAUUUAUGCAGAAAAUCGGGUAGAUUAGGUUUAGCUGAAAAAUCAUUAAAUUCAUUAUUAGAAGAAGGUGAUGAUCCAAACACAUCAAGAGCACCACCACAAGUUGUCUAUGCUCAACUGAAAUAUAUGUGGGCUACGGGUUCGCAAAAAGAAGCAUUGAGUCAUUUAAUUGAUUUUACAUCCAGAAUGUCACACGAUUUAGGGUUGAAUCCUGAUGAUUUGAUUACGCAACCAUUACCAGCACACACAAAUAUCAAGAAUGUUCAAGAAUAUACGAGAUUAUUAGCUAGAUGUUUCUUGAAACAAGGUGAAUGGCAAGUUGCUUUACAACCUAAAUGGAGAACUGAAAACUCUGAAACAAUUCUUGGUUCAUACUUGUUGGCUACACACUUUGACAGUAAUUGGUAUAAGGCAUGGCAUAAUUGGGCUUUGGCUAACUUUGAAGUCAUUUCAUUGCUGACCUCAAAAUCUGCAAUCAAUGAAAAUAGUGAUGGUGAAAAUGCAUUUUCUCAAGAACUUGUUCAACAACAUGUUGUUCCUGCAAUUCGUGGGUUCUUCCAUUCUAUUUCAUUAUCAGAAACCAAUCCACUUCAAGAUACUUUAAGAUUAUUAACUUUAUGGUUCACAUUUGGUGGUGUUCCAGAACCUGCUCAGGCAAUGACUGAUGGGUUUGGUAUGGUCAAGAUUGAUACUUGGUUAGAAGUUAUUCCACAAUUGAUUUCCAGAAUUCAUCAACCAAACCAAACAGUUAGUAGAUCAUUACAUGGUUUAUUAUCAGAUUUAGGUAAAGCACAUCCACAAGCUUUAGUCCAUCCAUUAACUGUUGCUGUUAAAUCUGAUAGUGUUUCAAGACAACGUGCUGCUUUGAAUAUUCUUGAUAAAAUGAGAAUUCAUAGUCCAACUUUGGUUGGUCAAUCAGAACUUGUUAGUGAUGAACUUAUUAGAGUUGCUGUGUUAUGGCAUGAAUUAUGGUAUGAAGGUUUGGAAGAUGCGUCAAGACUGUUCUUUGGUGAACAUAAUACAGAAAAGAUGUUUGCUGUUUUGGAACCACUUCAUAAAAUGCUUGAAAGAGGUCCUGAAACUUUACGUGAAGUUUCAUUUCAAAACACUUUCGGUAGAGAUUUAAGUCAUGCUUAUGAAUGGGUCUUGAGUUUCCGUCGUACCAAAGAUAUUGCUAAAUUAAAUCAAGCGUGGGAUAUUUAUUAUAACGUUUUCCGUCGUAUUAACAGACAACUGCCACAACUACAAACUUUAGAGUUACAAUAUGUUUCUCCAAAAUUAUUGGCUGCUAAAGAUCUUGAGCUUGCAAUUCCUGGUACUUAUAAACCUGGUAAACCAAUCAUUAAUGUUGUGAGCUUUGAACCUAACUUUUCAGUUAUUUCAUCUAAACAAAGACCACGUCGUAUUGGUAUCAAAGGUAGUGAUGGUAAAGAAUAUUUCUAUUUAUUGAAAGGUCAUGAAGAUAUUCGUCAAGAUAGUUUAGUCAUGCAAUUAUUUGGUUUAGUCAAUACAUUAUUGGUCAAUGAUCCAGAAUGUUUCAAAAGACAUUUAGAUAUUCAGCAAUAUCCACCUAUUCCAUUGUCACCAAAAACAGGUUUAUUAGGUUGGGUUCCAAAUAGUGAUACUUUCCACGUUUUGAUUAGAGAAUAUCGUGAAUCAAGAAAUAUCAUUUUAAACAUUGAACAUCGUAUCAUGUUACAAAUGGCACCAGAUUAUGAUAACUUAACAUUACUACAAAAAGUUGAAGUGUUCACUUAUGCUCUGGAUAACACAAGAGGUCAAGAUUUAUACAAGGUGUUAUGGUUAAAGAGUAGAUCAUCUGAAUCAUGGUUAGAUAGAAGAACUACGUAUACAAGAUCAUUAGCUGUUAUGUCUAUGGUUGGUUAUAUUUUAGGUCUUGGUGAUCGUCAUCCUUCAAAUUUGAUGUUGGAUAGAAUUACAGGUAAAGUUAUUCAUAUUGAUUUCGGUGAUUGUUUUGAAGCUGCUAUUUUACGUGAAAAAUAUCCUGAAAAAGUGCCAUUUAGACUUACAAGAAUGUUAACCUAUGCUAUGGAAGUUAGUGGUAUUGAAGGUACAUUUAGAAUUACUUGUGAACAAGUUAUGAGAGUUUUACGUGAUAAUAAAGAGUCAUUAAUGGCUAUUUUGGAAGCAUUUGCUUAUGAUCCAUUGAUUAAUUGGGGGUUUGAUUUACCAACAGAAACCAUAACAGGUUCUGAAAUUGGUUUCCAACCAGUAAAUACUGCAGAAUUAUUACGUAGAGGUCAAAUUGAUGAACAAGAAGCCGCCAAAUUGGAAGUUCAACAAAAGAUUGAAAUUAGAAAUGCAAGAGCUAUUUUGGUUUUGAAAAGAAUCACAGAUAAGUUGACAGGUAAUGAUUUUACACGUGUUAGUGAAUUAAGUGUUCCAGAUCAAGUUGAUAAAUUGAUUCAACAAGCUACAUCAGUUGAGAACUUAUGUCAACAUUAUAUAGGGUGGUGUUCAUUCUGGUAA